CUACAAUCUAUUUCAUGAGAAUGCGAAAAAAAAGCGUGAGACGAAGCAAGCGAAUGGUAGAUUUUGCAAAAAAGAAAAAUAUUAUCCUUAAUUAUAAAAAGGAAGGUGUAAAAGGAAAGUUAAUACCGAAAACAACUAAAUAAAACGCGUACAAUUGUUGUAACAACAAAAGAGUGAUAACAAUUUGCGCUAAACAAGCAGGAACACGGUUUGCCAAUUGCAAUUUCUCGAAACGGCCCGAAACGCAACGAAAAGAAAAACGUGUUGGUAAAGAAACCAAGAAGAAGAAAUCGGUGGAAGUGCAAAAUAACAGGAGAACAAUUUGCAAUAUUUGUAAUUUUUCACAAUUUCGAUUAAGAAACGUGGAAGAAGUUGAUGGUUGGUGCAUGUGCCGCGUUCAGUGAAGCAUUGCCAAGAAAAACAGUGGAAUUUUUAGUGCGAGUGUUAGGUUAGAAACGAAUAAUCAUUUUUUAAUUGUGCGGUGUGCGGAAAAAGGGUAUCAAGCCUCAAUUAAAAAAAGAAAAAAAAAACGAAAGUGAGUGACUGACUGCCUGUGAGUGAAGACAACGGCGACAACAUCGCCUAGUGGCUGGCCUGUAUAACGGAAGAAACAACAACAAAAAUGACAAACAAUACAAUGGAACCCCAAGAAGUAGUAGCCGCGGGCGAGGGGGAUCAACAGCAACAACGCCAGGCAAAUACAAACAAUAACACAACAGAAAAUAAUGUACAGCCAACAGAAUCGCAGCAACCCCAGCCAGCACAACAGAUAGUUUCGGGGGAAGAACCUUUGGUAAAUGGAGAGCAGCAGCAGCAGCAACAGGCAAAUGAAAACAUGGAUGUAGAUCAGGGAGUACCGCAAGCACAAGCAGACGGCGAAAAUCCACCAGCUGUUAAUGGCAAUGAUGAAUCGCCAAAUGCCAAUGAAGCUGAGCAACAACCCGCCGCCAACGGUAAUGAUUCGGAUGCCGAUAAUGGUGAUGAGAAUGCUCCCGCAGCUGAACCCUUCUAUGGUUUCGAAGAAUCUGAACCCAACCUAGAGGAGAAGGAUAUGCCUCAGGUAUUGCAGUUUUGGGAAUCGAAACACACCCAACCUGGUUUUGAUCCAGUGCCAAUAUUGAAGAGAUUGGCUGAAAUUUUCGAAAAAGAAAAGGAAAUAUAUAUGCGCAAAGAUCCAGAUCCAUUCGAUGAACGUCAUCCGUAUCGUACAGAUCCCAGUUGUCAAUUUGGGUUUCUGUUAAAACAACUUUUUCGCAAGGAUAUUUUUAUGAAAAAGCUUGUCAAUGAUUAUCUACGCGAUAACUAUUUUACCCGCCAAAAUGUGGAAAAAAGUUCCUUUGAGCUGAAUAUUUUGGCAUUACGCCUGAUAUUGGGCAUUAUGCCAGGUCUGGAGACAUCGGCUGUAUUUCAAGUUGAAUUUGAUCAUUUAAUAAAUCGCAUCUAUGGCUGGGCAGAAGAUAGUUUUGAACCUUUGCAAAGUUAUGCCACUGGCCUGUUGGCUGCCGCCAUGGAAGUUACCGAUAUUGCUGUGACCUUUAGGGAAAUGAAUACACAACUUGUGCCGAAAAUGAUCAAGCGUUUGCAUAUGCUACAAGCUAUUUAUAAAACCAUCCUAAAAUCCAACAAUACAAAUGAUUCAAUCAACAUCUCAAUUGAAAGUGAAGCUGGUCUUAAUAAUUCAAGUACCGGUGUUGAACGUAUACUGCCCUCAUGGAUGGCCGAUUCGGCCCCACAAUCACCACAACGUUUAGAUGAUAGUACUGCAAGUGCACGUUGCCAAAAUAGCAGCACCUUGGAUACCUUUGUUAAUUCUUCCAAUCUAUCGACUUUGUUGGAAAAUAGCCGUGAUGCUUUUCCCACCGGCAGUGGUGGCCGUUACUAUAAAAAAAUGUAUAUACCCAUACAUCCACCAUCGGCCGAAACAAGUCAAAUGUUAAUUUUACGUUAUCUCACCACAAUGGGAGAAUAUCAGGAAUUUUUGGGUUUAAUUUUUGAACACAAUGCCAUGCAGCUGAUAUUUGGUUAUAUUGAAAAUUUAGAUCGUCGUGAUACCUGUCUGGCCUUUGAAGCUUUAAAGUAUUUGGCAUCGUUGCUGUGUCACAAGAAAUUUGCUUUGGAUUUUAUAACACAUGGUGGUUUGGAGCGCUUGCUGAAAGUUCCUCGUCCCAGUAUAGCUGCCACCGGUGUUUCCAUAACCCUUUACUAUUUGGCAUAUUCGGAAGAUGCCAUGGAGCGAAUUUGUACAAUGCCCAAACCUAUUAUAACGGAGUUGGUCAAAUAUGCUUUAUGGAUUCUGGGACAUUCGUAUGAUUCAGGCAAAUGCCAUGCCACCAUGUUCUUUGGUUUGAGCUUUCAGUUUAAGGCUAUGUUGGAUGAAUUUGAUGCCCAAGAUGGCCUAAGAAAACUGUACAAUGUGAUAUCAGUUUUGAAAAUCCUAAAUCCUUCCAAUAAUGAUGAUGAAAAUAACGAGCUCAACGAAGAUGUCGAAUGUGCCUCACGUCAAAUUGUACGCCAUGUAUGCGUGGCCCUGAAACGCUACAUGGAAUCACAUUUAUUCUAUAAAUAUAACAAUUUUAUGUGUCAACAAUUUCCAGUAUCAAGUGAAUAUAAUCGUAAUAUAACCAAGGCAACAAAAACAACAAUGGAACAGAUAAAUGAACAGAUACGUAAUUUACAAGAGAACACCUCGGUGAGGGCACAUUGGUCACCGGUGGAUCAACUAUUGAAGUUGGGUGGCAUAACGUUGCUAUUGAAGAUUAUAGCUUUUUCAUAUGAUUGGAAUAAUAGUGGACGUUCGGAAACGGUACGUUCCGCCUUGGAUGUCUUGUCCAUUUGUUGUGUUAUACCGCGGGUAUAUGCCACCUAUUGUGAUAUUUUGGAAUUGCCUUUAACUGUUACAACAUCGGGAAUUUAUUCGAUUUUGGGUGCAGCAGCUGGUGAUAUUGUACCUGAUGCAGAUGUGCAAAAGUCGGCAUUGGCAGUCCUGUGUAAUUGUGUGUGUUCGCCCAUAGCAAGGAAAGAACCAAGUACUUUGAUCAAAUGUUUCGGCUCAUCGCGAAAGGCAAAACACAACAACAAAUACAGUGAGGAACUUGUGGAAAAAGUUUGGGAAUCGGUUUGUUCCAACAACGGCAUUAUUGUAUUACUCUCGUUAAUGCAAAUAAAAACUCCCAUAACUGAUGCUGAUUGCAUACGUGGCAUGGCCUGUCGUGCUUUAGCUGGUCUGGCAAGAUGGGAACGAGUUAAACAAAUCAUUGGCAAACUACCACUCUUUGCCAGUGGUCAGAUACAGACUCUAAUGCGUGAUCCCAUACUUCAAGAGAAACGUACAGAACACGUCAUUUUCCAGAAAUAUGCCCUUGAGCUAUUGGAACAAGUUUCCGGCAAAGCAAAACCGUUUAGCCAUCAAUUGGAUCCUUCGCUGGCCAAUAUCCAUAAGGCAAAUGUCAUUGCCCAAACAAAGAUUCAAUAUAACGAACAUCAGCUCUAUCAAUUGAUAUAUGACCAUUUGGAAUCUAAAGGUCUAACACAGACUGCGGCCAUGUUACAAAAAGAAGCCAACAUACAGUUGCCAUCGACCACCAUGAAGAGUUUCCACCAAUCUCCGUUCGAUUACAAAGUAAUGCCGACAAGUUCAAUUGCACGAAAUCGUUUGAGAUCCCGUAUGCAAGAUGUCAAUCAGGCUAUUAACAGUGCCACAGGGACGGGUGGCAACAAUACAAAUUCAACAACAGCCACAUCAAAUUGCGUAACUUCAUCCACAAACUGUACGGCCAGUGGCAAGGAUGCACUAAACGACAGCUUUUCCGAAGAUCAAUCAAUGACCACAGUCACCCCCAUCAAACUUGUGAAAAAGACUGAAAAAGUGGCACCCAGUUUAACAGGGACAUCUGCCAGCAACUUAAACAGCGCAAGUUCAUCUGCCAAAUCAUUGCAAAAACAAAUUUCAGUAGUUGAUCCCCACAGUAUGGUAAUGGAUAUAAGUUCACCGCCACAAUUCUCCAACAAUGUUACUCUGAGCACAAUUGUUACCGAAUAUCUUACCAAUCAACAUGCUCUUUGUAAUAACCCCAUGACAACAUGUCCACAAUUUGAUUUGCUGACACCACACAAGUGUCCAGAUCCCAAACCCAAUCGUAUAUUGGGUGAUAAUUUAAAUGUGGCAACACGUUUCUUCCGCUCACAAGAUGGUUACAAUACAAGAAGAUUAAAUCGUCGUUUUAUUCAUUCACAUUUCGCACCAUGGAAGACAAUACGUUCGAAUGAUUAUAAUGAUGUGAUAUUUUCCUCAUGUCACAUUGUACCCAAUUCGGAUAUACUGCUCGCUGGAACACAUCAGGGUGAUGCCAAGGUCUACAACAUGAAUCAUGGUACAGAAUUGUUUUCGGCCCGUUGUCAUAGCUAUAUAAUUGAUUCGAUUCUGUCGAAUCGUACGGGAGAUUUGGUAUUGACAUCUGUGUCAUGGCGCAGUCCUUUGAGUGUUUUGUGGGCUGUUAAGGAUAAUGAUUUCAUUUCGAAAAUAGAAUUUGUCGAUGAGUUUUAUUGUGAAUUUAGUAAACUAUCUCAGGAUAAAGUUAUUGGCACGCUAAUGGAUGCCUGCACUAUUUAUGACAUUGGAACGGGUCAAAAGAUUUCCACCUUUACUCCCACAUUGGGCAAUCAGUACACAAAGAAUCGUGCUACCUUCUGUCCCACCGAUGAACUGGUUUUAUCAAGUGGCGUUUUAUGGGAUGUACGUUCCGGCAAAGAAAUACACAAAUUCGAUAAAUUGAAUCAGUCCUUAUCUGGUGUUUUCCAUCCAAAUGGUUUAGAGAUCAUUUCCAAUACCGAAGUCUGGGAUUUGCGAACAUUCCAUUUACUGCAAACCGUACCCGUAUUGGAUCAAUGCCUCAUUAAAUUUUCGCCGCUGAAUGUUAUGUACGGCAUACGACUGGAAAUGGAAAAUCGUUCCGAUUUUGAUGAUACAACAAGCUAUGAUACGAGUUUUAAGGUGCUGGAUGCCUAUGAUUAUACAUCGAUUGCAACUAUAGAUGCCAAACGUAGUCUGUUCGAUUUGAGCGUUAGCGGCAAUGGUAGCCUGAUAGCAUUGGUCGAGGAUCAGCCAUCGUACGAAUCGAAACCGGAGACAUUUGUGAAAAUCUAUUGUGUCGGCAUGAAGAAAACCGAACAGGACGAAGAGGAAGAUGAAGAGGAGUGUGAGUCCGAUGAGGACAAUUCCGAUAGUGAUGACUCAAACAAUGUGUUUGAUAUUAUUCCUGAUGAACGUGGUGGCCGUAGACGCCGUGCCAACAAUGCUGAUGCGGAUGAUGAUGAUCAGGACGAUGAUGAUGAUGACGACGACGAUGAUGACCAGGAUGAUGAUGAUGACGACGACGAUAGCGAUGAUGACGAUGACGACGACGAUGAUGAUGAUGACGACGAUGAGGGUUGGAUGGACAUCAUGCAAGUCGAUGAUCUUGCAUUUUAUUAGUCGUCAAAUUAUGUCACAUGUUCCACAUCAUGCUGCCUGUCUACUGUCCUGUACAUCCCAUCAAAAGUGUAAAAGCCUUGCAGAGUCUCCUUCAUCCUACUUUAUGGUCUCUCAAGCGAGAACUGUUCCUGCCAAUUGUUUUUGUUGUUCUCUGAUGAUGAAAAUGAAAGGCCCAACGAUUGUUAUUGUGAGCAUGCCCUAUGUGCUUGAAAGAAUUUCAACCAUUUCUUUGCAUAAACUGUUUGUCUUUCUCAAACGUUGUUUUCUCCAAUGAACGACUACAGUCAACAUUUCUAUAAAAACAAAAUAUCGAUAGAUUUUCUUUAGUUUCCUUUUUUUUAAAUUUAGUUUUAAGUUAUAUUGCUAGAUGUUUAUUAUUCUAAUGUUCUUUAUUUUUUUGUAAUGCAUUAAAAUUCUGUGUAAAAUAUUUUUUUUUUUGCAUUUUUGUAUUAGAAACGAAUCAGUUUUUUUUUUCACCUAAACUAUUUUUAUUAUGAUUUCUCAGUUGCUUUUUUUUACAAAUAAAUUUUGCCAAGAAACUUCUGAUUUAAUUUGUGAUUCAUUUUCGUUGGAGUACUUACCUUCGUCUCCAAUGCAAUGGAAUUGUUCAAAAUAACAACAAAAGAAAAACAAAUAUUUUGUCUAACAAAAGCAAAACUACUACAAAAACAAAAUCAAUAUCAAUUACCAAUCGUAUAUAUGUAUGUAAUUUACUAAUUUAGUAGGUAUAUAUUUAAAAAUAACACAAAAACGAAACAAAAAAAUUAUAAGAAAUUGUAUAACAAUUUACUUGCAUUUUUAUAAAAAAAGAAAGAAAGAAAAAAAAAAAUACGAAUCUA